AUGAAUGCUGGCCAACAGUAUCUAAUUCUCACUCGUUAUGCCUUGAUCAGAGCCUGUUCCCUUGGUUCUCUGUGUUUAUUAUGCUGUGUGUUUUCGAUGUGUGAAUCUUGUCGACCAUGUUGCAAAAAAGCAAAGAUAUUUGCGAGAGCAAAUGUGAUUUCAACGUUCCUCUUGAUUGUACUGGAAACAUGCACAGUGAUAUCGUUUAUGCUUGCCUUGGCAAAAUUGUCAGGAUCUCUAAGUAAAGGAUGGUCGUUCUAUGUGGAAGUCGUGUCAUCUAUUUUUACAGCUUUUGUUUUCUUCAUCCUCAUCUUCAGCAUAUUAUUUUGCAAUAAAAAAUGUUACAUGGAUCAUACAACAUUUGUGAAUCGUCCCUCUGACGAAAAGUUACUUUUUAAAAAGCUUCCUAGGAGUGUGAAUUCGGACGUCGGAGAAUCAUUGUCUGUGACCGCAGAAGUAUCAAACGCCGACAAUGUUUACUGGUGCAAGGGAAGGGAUCAUGUGAUCAAGUAUUCCACUUCUUUCACCGAACACUUUGAAUCCUCGAAAGCUGAAUUAAGAAUACAAAGUGCAAGACUUCAAGACGAAGGCGAAUAUACCUGUGUUGCAGAAAAAUAUGGGGAAAAUAAGGACAAACUAGCGCACAGAUUCUUCAUCUAUGUCUUUCAUGUUAAGCCGGUAUUUACCCAAAAGCCACCGGAGAAUAUCACUGUGUAUGUUGGUAGUGUGUUAAACUUGGAGGCUAAAGUAGAUAAUGCAGAAACAGUAACGUGGAUGCAUGAGGGAAAAGAAAUUAUCAGUUGCUCAAAAAGAAAUAUAAAAUGGAAAUUCCUGCACGGGGAAGCCUCUUUAGAAUCGGAAAUGUGA